ACUACUUUCUACUCCCAUCUAACAGAAAGUGGAUUGGUGCGUUCAAAAUCUCAAUGUGGGAUUCAUUGUGCACACUUACAACAAAUGAAAGGGGCAUUUUGUAAUGCAUUUAGUUAUAAUGAAACCUCCAAGGCGUGUGAUCUUGCCUAUCUCACUUUCCUGGAAGACCCGGAUGUUGGUCAGAUAGAAAAACAGAUCAUGGUUGAUUUUGAAGCUCCAACAUACAUUGACAAGAUUUGCCGAGGUGGAGAGCAUUGUUGCAAUAGAGGAAAGUUGAAUCUAUGCGGGAUUGGAGAAGGAGAUUGUAAUACUGACAAUGACUGUGGGGGUGUUCUCAUGUGUGGAAAGAACAAUUGCAUGAAAUGGAGACCUCCUGGUGGACGAUGGGAUGAAGAAGAUGACUGUUGUGAAAAGCGCUGUACUCCAGAACACCCAUGCAAGGAAGGAGGGGGUCAUUGUGACGUUGAUGCAGACUGUCAGAAUGGAGAGAAAGGAAUUUUGAAGUGUGGAGAUAACUCUUGCUUGAACACAGACUAUUUCCCACGUCACAUAUUUGUAAGAAACUCUGAAACUUUUGGUUUUACUAGAACAGACAACUGCUGCUACAAACCAUGCAACAAACGGUAUCACCUGUGUGGUCAAGAUGAGGUUGGAUGUGAGGAUAAUGAAGAUUGUUUACCUGGUUAUUAUUGUGUUAAAUCUGCUGCGCAACCAUAUUGUUCAGAAUUAAAUGAAUGUUUACCAAACAAUGGACAUUUUGAAGGGCUGGCAUAUUGUGGACAGAACACAAUCUGCACAAAUACAAUUGGAAGCUUCACUUGUACUUGUAAAACAGGGUUUUAUGAUUUUGUGGAUCACAGUGGAUGCAUUGAUUUUGAUGAAUGUGCAAACGGAACAGCAGGAUGUGGUCCAAAUACAAACUGUUGGAACUUUCCAGGGCAUGCUGUAUGCACUUGUAAGGUUGGGUUUAUUGGAUCACCUAAAUUUUAUUGCUAUGAUAUUGAUGAAUGUAUAAAUGCUGACAUGAAUGAUUGUGAUAAUUUCCAAGGAUACAAUAUUGACACAUUUGGACAAAAUGGUAUCAAGUACUUUGAUGUGGAAGAGGUAGACACUGCAGAUGAACUUCAUCAUACAUUUAAAUUUGAAGUGGCAGCUUCAGGGUCAGCAAGCUGCAUGUAA